AAGUUCCUCUUCUUCUACUUGGUCCGACCGCAUCAGAUAACUGGGAGAUCCAGUUGUGCAUGUUCUUGUGCCCACACAAACUCGCGCCCAUUUACAAUUUUAUGAUCGACAACCCUCAAGAAGGGAGGUUGUCCAGAAAGAGAAAGAAACUGAAGAUUUGCGAAUCGAUAGCGUCGUCAUCUCUCGACGCCAGUGAAGUCAAGAUCGGUUACAAUAGUGUAUGCGAUUCCCAAAAUCCACAUAUCAACCGGACUCGUGAUAUUUAUCAUUUCAAAUUCCAGAAGAAGAUCUAAACAAAAACUAUCGAAAUGGCUCUCAACGUGAACCGCGCUGUCGCUGAUCCAUUCUACCGCUACAAGAUGCCCAAGCUGUCAGCAAAAGUC